CACCUGCCCUAACUUUAUGUAUACAAAUAGUCCUCUCUCUCUCUCUCUCUCUCUCUCUCUCUACCCACACAUUCACCUGCCCUAACUUUGUGUAUACAAAUAGCCCUCUCUCUCUCUCUAUCUCUCUCUCUCUUCUUCAGUCUUAAGCUCCUCGAUUCAAUCAAUCAAAAAGUCCUUCCUACAAACUCAUUUUUCUUCCCUUGUUCUAGCUCAAGCACUUUCCCCAGCCGCACAUGGGCACCAACCUCUUAGAAGCUCUCAACGUUCGUGUGGUCGGCUCCGGCGAGAAAAUCCUGGUUCUGGCCCAUGGAUUUGGGACAGACCAAUCAGCAUGGCAACGCAUUCUUCCCUUUUUUACUCAAAACUACAGCAUAAUUCUUUACGACCUCGUUUGCGCCGGCAGUGUCAAUCCUGAUCACUUCGAUUUUGAGAGGUAUACUAGUCUUCACGCUUACGUUGAUGACUUGCUUAACAUUCUUGACGCUCUUCGCGUCGACCGUUGCUCCUAUGUUGGUCACUCUGUCUCCGCCAUGGUUGGUCUUUUGGCCUCCAUUAGGCGUCCUGAACUCUUCUCCAAACUCAUCCUCAUAGGUGCUUCUCCAAGAUUCUUGAAUGACAAAGAUUACCAUGGAGGAUUCGAGCGAGCUGAUAUUGAGAAUGUUUUUGUAGCAAUGGAAGCGAAUUAUGAGGCCUGGGUCAAUGGUUUUGCGCCGCUAGCCGUGGGGGCGGAUGUGCCGGCGGCGGUUAGAGAAUUCAGCCGGACCCUUUUCAAUAUGAGGCCAGAUAUCACAUUAUUUGUAUCCAGGACCGUAUUUAAUAGUGAUCUAAGAGGGAUACUAGGCCUAGUCAAGGUACCCUGUUGCAUAAUUCAGACAUCCAAGGACGUGUCCGUACCAGCCUCGGUGGCGGAGUAUUUGAAGACCCAUUUGGGUGGGGGGAGCACGGUCGAAUUAUUAAGGACAGAGGGUCAUUUGCCACAUUUGAGUGCCCCAGCGUUGUUGGCUCCAGUGCUCCGGCGAGCCCUUUCGCGAUGACCAUGUGUGUUGUGUUGUGCUUGUGUGGGGAUGGAUGAAGAAGUCAAUUGGGCUCCGGGUUGCUACUGAGUGAAGUGUGGGUCCAACAAAAAAAAAUAUAAUAAGAGUGAGUGUUGACACGUGGCGAAUAAUUUUGUGGAUGUUAGUCUUUGUACUUUGGAUAAUAUGUACUAGUUGUGUCGGAAAUGAAAUUGAAUGAUAUUUGGAAA